GUGGGAGCGUGAGGUGGCGGGGCAGUCGAGCGUCGGCCGGUCGCCCAUCUUGUUCGUCUCUUCUUCGAUUCUCGUUUUCGCUGUCGCCCUGCCCGUUGUCCCUCGUCUUCGUUUUCGUGGCUUGGGCAGCGUGAAUUCAAGAGCUUUCAUUUAAAUAAUCCUAUAUAUCGCCCCCACCCGCGCCGCGCUCCUUUCUGUGCGUGUCCUUUUUCUGAACCCACCCUCUCCAUCCACGCUCCUUUGCCAGAGUCACCCCCCACACAUUCUCUAACCUGCUCUCCUUUUCGUCCGUUGUAACCCUCCUCUCCACCCUCGCUUCACUCCUCUGCCUCUCCCGACGCCGCCAUGGAUGAUUCGCAGACAGCCUUCAUUGCGCAAUACCCCGGUUACAAUUUCGAUCUCGAUAUGAUGAAGAGAUCCAUGGACGCUGUAGGUGGUCCCGACGCUAAAAAAGCCCGCUGGUCGCCGACCUCGUUCGGUUCGAACGGUACUAACGGUCUCUCUGGUAACCGCGACGCUUUUGCAAAUUAUGGCUAUGGCCCGAACGCGAACAUGCAGUCCGGCUACAACGGUUCGCCCACGAACGGCUUCAAUGGCAACGCGCUGUACUCGACGCCGCAGCUGAGCAUCAACACGAACACGUCCCCGAACGGCAUGCCGUCGCAGAUGAGCCCGAACACCGCUGGCCCGUACACGCCUUCCCAGCAACAGCCGUCGGCGAAUGGCCAGAACAGCCCGUACCCUGGUUUCGGCGGGUACAAUAUGCUCGGGAUGGGCUUGCCGAUGAACAUGUUGAACGGCUUUCAGUACGGUAACCCCAUGGCCAACUUCGCACAGGUGCUGAUGCUCCAGAACCUAAAUCAGCAGCGGCUUCCUCAGCUGCAGAUUCCUGGUACACCGACUGCGGGCCCGUACUCCCCUGCAGCCAUUAGCGCGGCACUCUCCGCGCAGAACAAUGCGACGGGCCGCACGGUGUACGUCGGAAACCUGCCUGCGACAGCGUCCGUCGACGAGCUACUCAACCUGGUCCACUUUGGGCCGCUCGAGUCGAUCCGCGUGCUGCCCGAGAAGUCUUGCGUGUUCCUGUCUUUCCUCGACGGCGCAACGGCAGCGGCGUUCCACGCGGACGCGCUGAUCAAGAAGCUGGCGCUCCACGGUCAGGAGCUCAAGAUCGGCUGGGGUAAGCCGUCUGCGGUGCCCAGCCAGGUCGCGCUUGCCAUCCAGCAGAGCAAUGCGAGCAGGAAUGUCUACCUUGGAGGGUUGGACGAGAACAUGACGGAGGAGCAAUUGAGGGACGACUUGAGCCGCUUUGGUUUAAUCGACCAGGUGAAGAUCGUGAGGGACAAGAAUAUUGGGUUUGUUCACUUUUUGAGCAUUGCUGUCGUGAACACGCUGCCGACAGAGCCGGCGUGGGCUGGCAAACGAGUCAACUACGGCAAGGACCGCUGCGCCUACAUCCCCAAGUCGCAGCAAGCCGCAGCGCAGGCCGCGCAGGCUGCUGCUGCUCAGUCGCUCGUGGCGCAGUCCGCCGCCGCGUCGCUCUCGCCCCUGCAGACGAAUGGCCCGAGCUUCGCGUCGCCGUUGACGCCGUACAUGCCUUUCUCGCCGGAUGGUCUCGGCGGACUUGCCUCCCCGCAGGCCCUGAACCGUACAGUCUACUUGGGAAACAUUCACCCCGAGACGACCACGGAGGACCUGUGCAACGCCAUUCGAGGUGGUGUCUUGCAGAGCAUUAGGUACAUGCAGGAUAAGCAUAUCGCUUUCGUGACAUUCAUCGACCCUGCUGCGUCCCUUACCUUUUUCCAAGUCGCGUCUUACCAAGGUCUGACGUUGAACAACCGCCGCUUGAAGAUCGGCUGGGGCAAGAACUCGGGGCCUCUGCCUCCUGCUCUCGCCCUUGCUGUGCACGGCGGUGCCACUCGCAACGUCUACGUUGGUAACAUCGAAGACUUCGACUCCUUCAAUGACGAGAAGCUGAAGAGGGACUUCGGCGAGUACGGUGACAUCGAACUCGUGAACUUCCUUAAGGAGAAGAACUGCGCGUUCGUGAACUUCACUAACAUCUCUAACGCCAUCAAGGCCAUCGAUGGUGUGAAGAACAAGCCGGACUAUGCCAACCUCCGCAUCGCCCACGGCAAGGAUCGCUGCGCUAACCCGCCCCGGUCUGGUCCUCAGGGCGGUGGUGCCCGGCGGUCUGCCAGUGGCCAUAAUGGUCCUGCUUCCGCGGGUCCUGUUAGCGCCAUCGAGCCGCCCGCCGAGGGUAUGGAUGCCGUUUUCCUUGCCCAGGAUCUCAAGGAGGAACCGGCCGACAUUGUUGUCACGCCGAUUGACGCUCCGCAGGGCGUCCCGGUCGCCGCGAACUAG